AUGAACCACAGUGAACAUAUUGCCUAUCUUUUUGUCAUAGCCCUCCUUUCCACAUCUGUUAUUGUUCUUGGAGUUGUCCUUAUUCUCCUCCUCCUUUGCAAGAAAAAGCCAGUUCAAUCCCAAGAAACAGUGACACCAAUCAAGCCUAGUGCUCAGGUGUAUCCACUAACCAAUAUAGAUGCUGCCACAGAUGGUUUCAAUCAUCGUAGGAUCGUCGGCGAGGGCCGGUUGGGAACUGUCUAUGCUGCCAUAUUUGAGAAAGGGGAGAUAGCAGCAGUGAAAAGAAUCCAUUCUAGGCAUGUUUUGAGCAAUGCUGGUUUUGGAUUUUCAAGAAUACUUAGAUCAAUUUCUUCAGCUCAGCACCCCAAUGUGGUACCAAUAAUUGGCUACUCAGAAGGGCCAGGUGAGAGAAUCAUAGUGAUGGAGUUUGUAGGUAUGGUGUGCUUAGAUUUCUAUCUGCAUCAAAACCCAGAGGGGGCAUCUUUGUUAGAUUGGAACCACAGAUUGAAAAUUGCAGCAGGGGCAGCUAAAGGGCUUGAGUAUUUGCAUGAAGGAGUGGCACCAAAUAUAGUACACGGGUGUGUAAAGGCUUCGAACAUUUUGAUAGAUGUAAAUUUUUGUGCAAGGAUUUGUGAUUAUGGGCUUUCAUUUUUGGCACCCCAAGAGAAGAGAGGUCUAGUUGGGUAUGUGGAUGAUGAGUAUUGGAGAGGAAGUGGUGCUUGCAAGGAAAGUGAUGUCUAUGGAUUUGGGAUUGUUUUGUUAGAGCUUUUGAGUGGGAGAUUAUGUGAGGAGGGGAGGCUUGUGAAUUGGGCAUUGCCACUGAUUAAGGAAAUGAGAAUUAGUGAGUUUUUGGACCCCGGACUUGUCAUUCCUGAUGAUAUUAGGGCUCUUGUCAGAUUGGCAAAAGUUGCUUCUGCUUGUGUUGGAAAUUCCAGAAAAAGCAGGCCUUCAAUUUGUCAAGUGGCCACUAUCUUGAGCAACUUGGAGAUGGAUUGA